AUGGCCAAGGUUAAGGCACAUGUCAAAAAGAAGGCAAAAUCUGAUGAUCCACCCGCUACCAGGAUCACUGGGAAGACCAAACCCAAGGCUGAAGGAUGUAGUCCAGCAUCGUCAACCACUGCCUCCAGCAAGGACCAGCUCUUUGUUUACAAGACCCCAUCCAACCGUGGAACCAAUUCUAUCAAAUCACCUUCUGAAGUUCCGAGUGCUGCGGGUGAUUCCCAAGAUGUUUCUAGUCAACCUCUUCAGGACCUGGUGGCAUUGAGUGCAAAAAAUGAUCUCCAGGUUGCCAAGACCUCCAAGAACCCGAGCAAGAACGAUGAGAAGGAGAGAGGUAAGAAGGAGAAGGCAGAGGAGAAGGCAGAAAGCAAGGCAGUAAAUGACAAGAAGAAGGCAACAAUGAAGAAGCCUGGAACCGAAGAGAUGCAGGCUGUCAAGGAGAGGAGCAAAGCAGGAGAGAAGAGUGUGAAGGGCAAGGCUAGCAACACAGGUGGCCAGACAGCAGCUUUGAAGAAGGAGAAGGCGGAUGAGAGAGACAGGCAGGAGAAAGACAAGAAAGUUCGAAAGGAGAAGAAAGAGCGAAAGGAGAAGGCAGAGGAGAAGGAAGCUCGAAAGGAGAAGAAAGAUAGAAAGGAGAAGAAAGAUGGAAAGGAGGAGAAAGACAAGAAAGAGAAGAAGCAGAAGGAAGAGAAGAAAAAGGUGAAAAAUGAUAGCCAAGAGAAGCCAGUGACGGGUGACAAGACAACCAGCCCGGCACAAGGCGUACAGGAAGUGCUGCAGAGCUCCAAGGAGAAGCGGCUUCAGAAAGAAGCACAGGAAGCAAUGAAAAGAAAAGCAGAGGAGAAACUUGUGGCCAAACAUGUCAAGAAGGCCAAGGUGGCCGACAAAGAUCCAGACCUUCUCUCUUCUGAUGACAGUGAUCUUGAUGGCAUGAUCGCAGAGUUGGAACAGGAGCUGGAUGAGGAGGACAAGAAAUUGGAAGACGACAGAGGAAAGCCAAAGAACGACAAAGAAGAGUCAAAGGAGAACACCGAUAAGCCAGAUGAACGACAGGCAGAAGCAAAGAAGGCAAAGGUGUGUGACAAAGGAGAGGCGAAGCAGGGCACCAAGAAAAACGAAAAGGAAGAAGACAGCGAUGGUGACCUAAAGAUGGAGGAGUUUGUUGGAGAUUCAGAAGACCCGGAGGAGGAAGAGAGAGAGGAGGAUGAAGAAGUUGAAGUUGAUGAAGAAGUUGAUGAUGAAGAAGAAGAGAAACACGGUCUUGGCAACACUGCUCAUCAGUCUGAGCCUGCUUCCAACCAUGAGAGCCAAGGGGGUGAUUCCAAUGAAUCGCAAAGCUCUGAUGAGGAGGUUGAUUCGCCUGUGGGGUCUGACUCAAGUCUUUCCCGGAGCGCCUCCACUGACAAGGAGGCUGAAGAUCCCAAGGUCAAAGAUGUGGUGGUGCCUCAGACCCAGGUUACGGUCGACAUUUCCCAAGCUGCAGCCCAAGCCCAGCAGGUGGUCCCGUUCGCCGAAGCAAACAGUGUUACCCACAAGAAGGAGUUCGAUGCAUUCUCCAGAUUGUGCGCCAACCGGAAGGCAUUCCCAGCAAAGUUGUCUGGCCAUUUGCAGAAAGACAAGCUAGACUUGUUUAGACGGAUUGAGCAGAUCAACCGCUUCAAGAUUGGACGCGAAGGCUUGAAAGCGCGCGAAAUCGAGAAGCGGUAUCCACCGGAAAAGGCCAAGAAGUUGAUGAGUCUUCUUCGAGCAAAGAACUUGUUUUACUGGGACGAAGAUUUCCCUGGUGAUGAAGAGGAGAUUUAUUACUACUGUGGCAAGCCCAAGAAGGUGGACCAAGAGCAUAGGACUUCUGACGGGAUGUCAUUGCAAGGAAACUUCAACCCUGAUGCCUCCACUCUUGCUGCCCUGACUGCCGACACCGGCCCACUCUGUGCUGGCGCGUUGCCCGGUGCUGAUUGUGCCAAUGCCGAAGGCGAGAAAGCCUUGUGGGCAACAGUUGGGCACACCCCAGUGGCCAAGCCCAAACCGAAGCCCAAACCAAAGGACGAGACUGCUGAGGAAUGUGUGCCAAAGACUCCCAAACAGAGAGCCCAAGAUGUCAUGGCAGAGGUGCUGACGAAGUCUGCGGAUGCUCGUAAGAUGGCACUUUCGCUGAAGAAUGUUGAAUAUGGAGGGGAACUCUUGCAACAGCUGAUGUCGGCAUCUUCGAAGAUGGAAAAACUACAUGAGAAACUCAAUGACUUGAUCUCAAAAGGCAUUGACGAUGAUGCUAAGUACCUCAAGUUGGUUGACAUUGCUGUUGAUCACAUGAAAUGGUGGGAGAAAGCGAAGGCGGCCGGCCGUGCUAUGCUGAAUGGUCUUUAUCCAAAGGCCAAGGCCAAAGCUAAGGGAAAAGCAAAGGCGAAAGCCCAGUCGAAACCCGGUGAUUCUACCAAUGGUGCUGCCUAG